AUGGAGGAGGAUAACCUGCGGGAUUUAAUGAACCGCCUGCGGUUUGCCACAGGCAAGGCCAUUGAGGCCCCCAUGCCAGAGGCCACCACCACACGCAUCGGUGAACAGUGUCGUUUGGUGAUUCAACAGGCACUAUGCCACCAUCCCGCCUUGGCCAUACUUCAACAGACAAGGGAUGAACUUAAGAAACAUGUUAUGAAACAAAUUCAAGACUCUCUUCAGACUGAGGGCUCACCUUCGGAUGAUGUGGGGCGUCUGCUUGGGUGGAUCAAUGAGACAUCAGAGGCGCUGGAGACGGAGCGAUUGUCAGCCGUUUACAGUGACCCCGAGGAGGUGUUUAAUGUCUUGAAGCGUCGAGCACUUGGGGAUUUGGGCAUUGAGGCGCUUCCCAAACAC